UCGCGAUGCGCAUGCGCCGCGCCAGAAACGUUCCGACGUGAUUAGUGAGCGCCUCUAUGAGUGCGGGAAGAUGGCCGAACAGGUGACCAAGUCAGUGCUGUUCGUGUGUCUGGGUAACAUCUGUCGAUCACCCAUCGCAGAAGCAGUUUUCAGGAAACUUGUAACUGAUCAAAACAUUUCAGAUAUUUGGAGGAUAGACAGUGCAGCAACGUCCACGUAUGAACUAGGAAACCCUCCUGAUUAUCGGGGGCAGGCUUGCAUGAAGAGGCAUGGUAUCCCCAUGAAUCACGUUGCCCGGCAGGUUACCAAAGAAGACUUUGCCACUUUUGAUUAUAUGCUAUGUAUGGAUGAAAGCAACCUGAGAGAUUUGAAUAGGAAAAGUAAUCAAGUUAAAAACUGCAGAGCGAAAAUUGAACUACUUGGGAGCUACGAUCCACAGAAACAAUUCAUCAUUGAAGACCCUUAUUAUGGUAAUGACGCUGACUUUGAGACCGUCUACCAGCAGUGUGUGCGGUGCUGCAGAGCCUUCCUGGAGAAGGUUCGCUGACCCGGGUCCAGUCCUGCUGCGGCCCAGGCUUGUUCCCACAGGCCUGCAUUCUCAGUCAGGUGUCACAGUGUCACCAUUCCCUAGCCAAGGCCGCAGCCCUUUUUUCAGUUGACUCACUGUUUCUUACCUUAAAAAAUAACUGUAGAUGGAAAUCAGUUGUUGCGUUUGGUGGACGAAUAAAUAAAAAAUUUUGAUUCAGACAGUUUAUGGGGUUAGUGUUCUUAGACUAGUUGAACCUCCCGCUUUGCCCCAGUUACAAAAAUAGUGGAACAAACAAAGUAGUAGAGCAGCAAAAUAGAACAUAAUGAAGCAAAACAUCACUGUAAGGCUCGUCAGCAUCGGAGCCCAUUGGCACUUCCAAGAAUCUGCACGACCUCUUCCCUCUGUGCGGACAGGGCCCCUGCCCUGCACUACCUCCUGAUGCCAGGGCCUGGUGUCCAGUGACGUUGGCGAGAAGUGUUCAUACACACGCACAGUGCACACUUACGCAUUUACAGGACAGGAAGGAGGAAGGUUUGUGUGACUAAUCUUCAGCACCUUCACUCCUUAGUUUGUGUCUGUCUAGUUGAUUUCAUAAGGAAGUCAGCUUAUGUGUUCCUGUUUGAACCACUUUGCCGCUGGAAAUGUGAUUAUGUCUGGGAAGAAGGACACUUGUGUGCUGGUUUACCUUAGGGUCAGUGUGGGGACCACGUCUGCUUUUACAUGCAUGUGAGUAACCUGAAUGUCAAAUAUAGAUCAGCUUAAGUGGGAAAAAAAUAGUAAGUGGGAAAAAGUCAUUUUAUGUUGGAAUGCGUAAAUAUUGAUAUGUUAGGUAUUCUUUUAUCAGUGCUUAGAUUAUAGGCAAAUAUAGGUAAUUUCUGUGCACUUGGAGAUAACUGAUCUAAAAUUCAUAUGAAUAUAUGUCAGAAAAGAUUGUGUUCAAAUAAACUGGGGAAAUUACAAAAAUACAA